AUGACAUACUUUACAGACCUCUCCAAAAGAACUCGCCAAAAACUCACCAUUGGUGUAUAUAAAUGCCGUAGAGUUCUUGGCAUUAAUUUUCCCACCGCCUCCCAAUCGGCUCCCUCCGCGGCCCCGCAGCAUGGCCCCCAAGUGCCCAGCCCCACCAGUGAGGAGAUUUUGAAAGUAGAACAGAAAUCUAACAAACUCCGCCCACCAUUUUUUUCUAAGAGGUCAGAAUUGAUUGCCAAAAUCCCAAAUUUUUGCGUUACAACAUUUGUCAACCAUCCACAAGUGUCUGCACUGCUUGGGGAAGAGGAUGAAGAGGCGCUGCAUUAUUUGACAAGAGUUGAAGUGACAGAAUUUGAAGAUAUUAAAUCAGGUUACAGAAUAGAUUUUUAUUCUGAUGAAAAUCCUUACUUCAAAAAUAAAGUUCUCUCCAAAGAGUUUCAUCUGAAUGAGAGUGGUGAUCUAUUUUCAAAGUCCACUGAAAUCAAAUGGAAAUCUGGAAAGGAUUUGAUGAAACAUUCAAGUCAAACACAGAAUAAAGCCAGCAGGAAGAGACAGCAUGAGGAACCAGAGAGCUUCUUCACCUGGUUUACUGACCAUUCUGAUGCAGGUGCAAAUGAGUUAGGAGAAGUCAUCAAAGAUGACAUUUGGCCAAAUCCAUUACAGUACUACUUGGUUCCUGACAUGGAUGAUGAAGAAGGAGAGGGAGAAGAAGAUCAUGAUGGUGAUGAAGAGGAAGUGUUGGAAGAUACCAAUGAAGAAGGGGCUGAGCAUGAAGGUGAAGCAGAUGAAGAUGAUGAUGAGGGGGAAGAAGGAGAGGAAGAUGGAAAAGAUGACUAAUGAACAUUGAUGGAUUCCAACCUUUUUUAAUUUUCUCCAGUCCCCUGGGAGCAAGUUGCAGUCUUUUUUUCCUUUUUCUCUCUGCCCCCCUCACCCCCCUUGUGCUCAGUCACCCUGUUUUUGAGGUCUCUUUUUCUCUCCUUUACACCAUGGUUCUCACCUUAUUUGGGGGGAUGUACCUUGAGCAGCAUACAGUGGGAAAAGAAUCUUUGCCCCUUUCUGUUCCAAAUUCAUUUUUAUCCAUUCCUGUCUCAAGAAAAACUUAAUGGAAUCACCACCACCGUGCUCUGUGGGAAAAAAGAAAAGCCUUCUGCUCCCUUAGCUCUGCUGGGAGCUGGAGGUUGUUAGGCCCCUGUGUAGUAGUGCAUAGAAUUCUAGCUUUUCCCCCUCCUUUCUCUGUUUAUUGGGCUCAGAGAUUACACUGUGUCUCUAUGUGAAUAUUGACAGUUAGCAUUUACCAACAUGUAUCUGUCUACUUUCUCUUGUUUAAAAAAAGAAAAAAGAAACUUAAAAUAAAGGGGGGGUUAUAGAAGGUGAGCAAAGAGUGGGUUUGAGAUGUCUGGGUGGGUUAAGUGGGCAUUUUGACAACAUGGCUUCUCCUUUGGCAUGUUUAAUUGUGAUGUUUAACAGACAUCCUUGCAGUCCAAGAUGACACUUUUAAAAUAAAAUUCUCUCCUAAUGAUGACUUAGCCCUGCCACUCGAUGGGAGAAUCAGCAGAACCUGUAGGAUCUUUUUCGGAAUUGACAUUUCUCUAUUGUAAUUUUGUUCCUGUUUAUUUUUAAAUUUUCUUUUUGUUUCACUGGAAAGAAAAGAUGCUCAGUUUUAAACAUUAAACGUGUACAAGUUGCUUUAUUACAAUGAAACUAAAUGUGUACACAAAGGAUUUGAUGCUUUUCUCUCAGAACAGAUUUCAAGCUUGACUUGUAUAACAUAUUGUCAGACUUUGUCAACUAAACUCCAUAUUUUUUGAUACGCACUUUGCAGGAUCAUCUCAGGGCUAUGUGGACCGAGUAAAGGGGUUUGAAUCAAUAUAUUAAUGUCUCCAUAGCUGGGAAACAUCAGUUUCUGUCAGUGUCUGAAAAUUUUCAAAUAUUUGGAAUACCAGAUUGCUCAAACUUAGUUCUGAGUAUGUUGUACUUUUAAUUUUGUAUAUCAAGUUGGCAUUUUAAAAAUAGGUCUAUAUUUAACUGGGUUAUAAUAACAGUGCCUGCCACCACCACCAGACAGACCUGGUGUUCUAAUGCCGAGUUACACAACGGGGCUAUUGCUGGCAUGUCUUCAUUGGCACUAUAAAGGUGGCCCAGAAGACAGGCUUGCAGAGUAAGAAGUCUGUAUUGGUGGUUAAGAAACUCAGGUUAGGAGUACUUUUGUCUCUUAAGUACCAGCUAUUUAGCUUAUCGUUCUCAAAUGAGACCAGUCUGUGAAUCUGGGUGACAUGAUGGACUCUGCUCUGCUAGAUGCCAUUCUGCAUAGAACAACAUUUUGAAAAGCUACCUAAUGCCUAAGCUUUUUAACGCUGUAAAAUAUAGUAGCUGAAAUUAAAUGCCAGUUAAUUUUUUCAGAGAUGAAUUAAUGGGCAGCCUGGUCAAAUUCAAAGCUAUUUGAUGUAUAAAACUUUAAAAGUGGAACUAUUCCAUCAAUAGGCAAAGUGUAAUAAAACCUAUCUAGAUGGAUAGUAUGUAAUUUCUGCACAGGUCUCUGUUUAGUGAAUUCAUCACUGUAUACUGGUCAGGAAUCUUGCUCCAAUAAAG